AUGAAUCUCGGGGAAUGGAACCUUGUCAACGGGGUUCUUCUCGGGGCAUUAGCUUUUAUUUGUUUCUUCGAGUUGCGGGUGUCAGCAAAGGCGAUGCAGCUUACCUAUAAGAUCUUAUCUGCUGACUGCUCGGUCGACGAAUUUUUAUCACAGGGAGUUCUCCCCGCAGCUAUCGUCAUAGGUCGGAGAGCAAUUCCUCUCUUACUUUUCAUCUGGACAUUCCACGGAGUGUUGCUUUUGCCGACAUUCUAUGGAACAUGCAGUUCAACGGCGCCGUUGUUGCUGGGCAUUAGCCUUACAGAGAUGGUUUUCCAGCUUGCAUGCUUUGUCGCAACAGCCUCGUAUAUGUGCGUUUGCCCGGCACAUGCCAGUGGCCUGACUUGCAUUAAGGUUCAAGCGAAUCUCCAGAGGCUUAUCGUUGAAUUGGCCGACGCCUUCUCGUGA